AUGUGGAGACUUUGGAAGUUUAUGAUACCAGUGGAUGACAGAGUAAGGAGAUGGGGCAUUGCAGGCCCAUCCAAGUGUUGGUGUUGUGUACAACCUGAUCAAGAGACACUGUCACAUGUGUUCAGGAGAUCAGAUAUUGCUAACAGGACAUGGUCCUACUUUUCCUCUUUUGCAGGUAUCAAUAUAGAAGGAAUAUCUUUAAGGGAAAGCAUCAUGAAAUGGUGGGGAGCACAAUGCAGGACUGAUAUAAAAUCGUAUUAUAGAGCAUUACCAGGCUUUAUUAUAUGGGAAUUAUGGAGAAGAAGGAACAAGAACAAACAUGAAGGGAAGGGCAUAUCACUACCAAGAAUCAUUCAUAAUGUUACCAAAAACAUGUAUAUUUUGAUUAAGGUAAGAAGGCCCCAUAUGAAUGUACCAGGAAGGUGGGCAGAUAUGCUAGAGGAAUUGGAGAAGAAUAGGACAAUCAUGAAGACCAUAAUGGUUAAGUGGGAAUACCAUCCUGAGGGUUGGGUUAAAUAUAAUACGGAUGGAGCGUCUAGAGGAAAUCCAGGAGUAAGUUCCUAUGCUUUCUGUUUAAGGAGUGAUAAAGGGGAUAUCUUACAUGCAGAGGGAGCAACUAUUGAGAGUACUACAAGUACAGUGGCAGAAGCUAAAGCGGUCCUAGAAGCAAGCAAGCACUGUAAGCAGCAAAACCACAACCAACUUAUCAUGCAAACAGACUCGAUGCUAAUGAACAAAGUGCUAACAGGAGAAUGGGCAAUACCGUGGAACAUAGCAGAUACAGUUGAGGAAAUAAAAGCAUGUCUUAAAGGAAAACAACUAAAAUUCCAACAUAUUAUGAGGGAAGGGAAUCAGUUAGCGGAUUACUUAGCAAAUAAGGCCAUUGAAGAAGGUAAUUGCAUAUACACAAGUUUUCAAAGCAUGGAUAUAAGAGGGAGGAGAAUAAUUAACAGUGACAAAUUAAACACCCCAUAUUUGAGAGUAUCACCAUAG